CUGGCCUCCUUUACAUGUUUACAAUUGCCAUUUAGUUGAGCAUAUUUUAAUUUAUUUAUAGUCUCUGCAGGCUUCUUGCCAGCUCAGUUUAACAAAAUCAAACCAAACAGCUUAUUGAGAUGGAAUUCAUAUCCUAUACAACUCACCCAUUUACAGCGUACAAUUCAGUGGUUUGGAGGCAGUGGCCUCCCUAGUGGCCAGAACCCAUCUGCUGCUCUUAGACGGGCCCUAGGACUCUGUCCUGUAUCCCCUUGCCCCAGCCCUGAGGUCCCUUCCUAGUGUCACGUUGGUAUUCACAUCUUUAGCUACCGAAGACUCCAGGGCCAGGGCUUGGUAGCAGGCGUGGCCCCUGCCCGGCUGGCUUCAGUCACAAUAAAGGGUUAUCUCAGACGUCCAUCCUGCCUAUCAGGGCCUGCACCCUCUGCCAAGAGACUCUCUACAGACAUCUGCGGGGUCUGUCCUUGGUCCCAGCUCGGGGGAAGGUGGGGUGGGGAUAGGAUCAGGCUAUCCAUGAAGGACCAUGGUGGGACCUGAGCUCAUUCUGCUCUCUGGAACCUGGAAGGUUCUCAGCAAAUACUUGUGGAAACAGUAGCAGGCAACACUCCUGAUUUUGUGCCAGGAGCUGUGAUCUUCCUUUUCCAUUCUCACGUCUCCCACUGUGACCCUCUGAAGAACCAUGACAAUUAGGUGUUACUGUUGCUUCCAAAAGGCUCAGAGAGGUUAAGUAACUCACCCACAGUUGCAAAGUAAAUAAAUAAACCAAUAAACAGUGCCCCUUCCUAGAGCUCCAGGUGCUGCCGCCCAUCAAGGGUCUCUCAGCAAAGGUCUCCGCCCCUUCCUCUGCCCUGAGUAUGCCAGCUGGGCACAUUGAGUGUGGAAAUAGAACCACAGUUGCUCAUCUUGACCUGCGCACCCUGAAGAGUGUGGAAGAGGAGAGGAGGGAGGUGAAGAUUUCGCAUAGAGACCCUUGGUGGGGCCAUGGAGGGCAUGGGACCACUGUUGCUGGGGGCUCUGAGGGCUUCCUGGAGGAGGCAGCAUUUGCUACCAGGGUCCUGCUGAUAUUUUCAUCCUGUGACCUUCCCCUGGGGGACGUUUUUUCUGAUGAGGUAACUCCCUGCUAGCCCAUUCUAGUAAAAACGCAGCAAAGUUUCAGACAACCUGGAGUUGACCAACCUGUUCCCAAGCCGGCGGUGCAGUGUGGCUCCUGGGGGCAGGGUCCUGGAUGAGCAGGGCAGAUACAGAGCAGUGUAUGUCCUGGCAGUGAGAACAGGGUAGGUGUGGGAAUUAGGAGGUGCAGCCCUGCCCUGCAGCUGUUGGGUAAUCCUGAGUAUCAGCCCAUUGUCAGGCGUGGGCACUGGAGGUGGGUCGGAGCUGCCAGGCUCCCGGGAGGAUUGCAGUCAGCAGAGGAGGGCUGAGGACUGGGGGUAGGAGCGGAGCUGGCACAUCAGGAGGCAGCAUGUCCAAGAAAGGGGGUGGAAGUGCGGUGAAGGACCCAGGAGCAGAGCCCACGCUGGGGACGAACCCCUUUGAGGACACACUUCGGCGGCUGCGGGAGGCGUUCUGCUCAGGGUGCACUCGGCCGGCCGAGUUCCGGGCUGAGCAGCUCCGGGCUCUCGGCCGCUUCCUUCAAGAAAACAAGCAGCUUCUGCACGACGCGCUGGUCCAGGACCUGCACAAGUCAGCCUUCGAUUCAGACAUAUCUGAGCUCAUCAUUUGCCAGAAUGAGAUCAACCUCGCUCUCAAGAACCUGCAGGCCUGGAUGAAGGACGAGCCAGGGUCCACAAACUUGUUCACAAAGCUGGAUUCAGCCUUCGUCCGGAAGGAACCCUUUGGCCUGGUCCUCAUCAUUGCACCCUGGAACUACCCCGUGAACCUGACCCUGGUGCCCCUGGUGGGCGCCCUCGCCGCAGGAAACUGCGUGGUGCUGAAACCAUCAGAAAUCAGCCGGGGCACAGAGAAGGUCUUGGCUGAGGUGCUGCCGCAGUACCUGGACCAGAGCUCCUUUGCUGUGGUGCUGGGCGGGCCUGAGGAGAUGGGGCAGCUGCUGGAGCACAAGUUUGACUAUAUCUUCUUCACAGGGAGCCCUCGUGUGGGCAAGAUCGUCAUGACCGCCGCCGCCAAGCACCUGACACCCGUCACCCUGGAGCUGGGGGGCAAGAACCCCUGCUAUGUGGAUGACGACUGCGACCCCCAGAUCGUGGCCAACCGCGUGGCGUGGUUCCGCUACUUCAACGCCGGCCAAACCUGCGUGGCCCCUGACUACCUCCUGUGCAGCCCUGAGAUGCAGGAGAGGCUGCUGCCCGCCCUGCAGAGCACCAUCACCCGUUUCUAUGGCGACGACCCCCAGAGCUCCCCAAACCUGGGCCGCAUCAUCAACCAGAAACACUUCCAGCGGCUGCGGGCACUGCUGGGCUGCGGCCGCGUGGCCAUUGGGGGCCAGAGCGACGAGCACGAUCGCUACAUCGCCCCCACGGUGCUGGUGGACGUGCAGGAGGCGGAGCCGGUGAUGCAGGAGGAGAUCUUCGGGCCCAUCCUGCCCAUCAUGAACGUGCGGGGCGUGGACGAGGCCAUCGAGUUCAUCAACCGGCGGGAGAAGCCCCUGGCCCUGUACGCCUUCUCCAACAGCAGCCAGGUUGUGAACCAGAUGUUGGAGCGGACCAGCAGCGGCAGCUUUGGAGGCAAUGACGGCUUCAUGUACAUGACUCUGCUGUCCCUGCCCUUCGGGGGCGUUGGCCACAGCGGGAUGGGCCGGUACCGUGGCAAGUUCACCUUCGACGCCUUCUCCCACCACCGCGCCUGCCUGCUCUGCCCCGCUGGCCUAGAGAACUUGAACAACAUCCGCUACCCGCCCUAUUCUGACAGGGUGCAGCAGCUGACGCGCUGGGCCCUGGGCUCCCAGAGCUGCACCCUCCUGUGAGCGCCCCGCUCACCUCCAACGGGUUGCACAGAGAAACCUGAGUCUAGUCCUGAGGGGCUCUGUGCCCCCCAACUCACAUUGUUCCUGCAGACCGCGGGCGUCCCCAGCCUGAGGUUGGUGGAGCUGUCACAUGACUGCGUCCUGGCUGCCAGAGUUGAAAGCGAGGUCUUGCUUCUAUCUGGGGGACGCCGUUAGUUCGAGAGAGGCCAAGAGGCCGAAAAACAUGCCAAGUGUCCGCACUCACCCCACCCUCCCCAAUUCCAGCCCUUUGCUCUCUCAGUCACGGUUGGCCAGGCCCAGUCCUGGGACAGCAUUUCCCUGGGAAAGACAGUGCCCGGCCUUCUUAGGGGCAGCAGCACUGCAGGGUUCAGAGCGUGGAGCGCUCUCCUCUAGGCACGCACAGGUCCACCUCUGCCCCUUCCCAGCGGCACCGGCGCCGCCUCCCCCAGGGACCCUCUCACAUCUCCACUGGUCUCUGCACCACCCAUCUGGCUCACACCACACCCUGCACUCACCCGCAGCAGCUGCGUCCACUGGGAAAGCUGGGUUCUGCCUCACUCCACUGCGCAGCGUUACUGGGGCCUGUGGCAAGUCCCUUGACUUCUCUGAGCCUCAAUUUCCUUAUGUGAAAGUUGCUGGAACCAAAAUGGAGUCACUUAUGUCAAAUGCUAACAAAAUGGAGUCAGGGAGGUCACAAAGAAGCCCUCACACACACAUGCCCAUAACAGGAUUUUUCACAAGACACUCCUGCACUUAGACAAGACACAGGGCAUACCGAGAGCAUGUUCUCAAGCCUACAGCAUUCCCGGUGAGCUGCAGACGCUUGCCUAGCACGGCUUUCUCCACUGCCAACACCUGCAAUCAGCUUGUGACCUAUGAACCUUGUUUCAAAGCCGCUUACAUGGACUUCUGUCUUUAAAAGCUUCCCCGUGGCUGUGGCCCCCAGUAUAUGGCUGGGAUCCGUCCUCACACUCCUAGCCCAGUUGCAAUCCUCUGGUCUUCCCAAAUAAACUCAUCUGUUCUGGAGAGCCUGUCUCUCUGAGGUUGAACUUACCUUGUAGAAUGGGGUCUCCACACAUCUUGAUCAUAAAGGAAAUCUCAGAUUUAGAACUAUGUGGCCUAGUCUGCUGUCAAACUCUGGGCUCAAGCAGUCUACCUCGGCCUCCCAAAAUGCUGGGAUUACAGGCGUGAGCCACCAUGCACAGCCCACAUUUCUAAAAUAUGGUAUUUCAGUCCAAACCUUGGUAAUAUAAUCGCUGUUUCUAAUUGUAUCCUGCUUACAGAGAGCAGGGAUUUUUUCUUUUUUUUUUGCUGAUCUUAUAUAAAUAAGAAUAUUCAU